AGCUUCACCACCACUUGCACCAGAACCAAAGCUUGGAGCUUGUUUAUGGUGGGCAAUUCGCGAUGAGCGCGGCUCUGGUACGCCGCUUGGCUUCGAAGUCUUCUGCUCGCGGCAUCGCCGGUCGAGCUUCCUCUCAAGUUGCGCCUCGAGCGCAAUUGGCGAGGACAUCAUGUCGCUCACUUAGUAGCCACAACCACUUCGUCGACAGCAACCAAACCGCCGCUAAUUCACCCUCAUCUUCACCGCCCCCGACCCUACGUAAAGAUGCGCAGCCGUUCACCCUCGCCGUCAAAGACAACAUCGCGACCGUCUCCCUCCCGACGCAAUGCGCCUCCCACAUCCUCUCCUCCCACCCCUCCCCAUUCGAGGCCACUAUCGUGCGGCAGCUGCGCGCCCGCGGCGCAACAGUUGUUGGAAAGACCAACAUGGACGAGUUCGGCAUGGGCUCACACUCGAUUAACUCGGUCCAUGGCGCCGUGAAGAACCCGCUGGCUGAGGACGGGGACGUUUCCGCUGGUGGGAGCUCUGGUGGUAGCGCCGUGGCUGUGAAGCUGGGAGAUGCCGAUAUUGCGCUUGGGACGGACACAGGUGGCUCCAUCAGACUACCGGCGGCGUAUACGGGGACUGUGGGAUAUAAGCCUAGCUAUGGCAUGAUCUCCCGGUUUGGCGUGGUUCCGUAUGCCAACUCUUUGGAUACCGUUGGAGUGCUAGCCAAGGAUGUUAAGCUAAUCUACGACCUCAUAUUCGGCACUGGUCUCUACAAAGAACACGACCCCAAGGACCCGACGUCGCUACAAGAAGCUUCCCGGCAACGUUGCUCUGACUCAUCACCAUCCAGACUGCCAAACCUGUCCCAGAUCAACAUUGGCAUCCCCAUCGAAUACAACAUCUCCGAGCUCGAGCCCUCCAUUCGCGACGCAUGGGUCGCUGCGGCCUCAAAAUUCGAAUCCCUGGGCGCCCAGCUCAUCCCCAUCUCGCUUCCAUCCACCAAGGAAGCUCUCUGCGCAUACUACGUCCUAGCCCCUGCGGAGGCAUCUUCCAACCUCGCCAAGUACGACGGCGUUCGUUACGGCGUCCGCGGCGAAGGAAGCGAUGCUGUUGGUGAAACGCUCUACUCCGAGGCUCGUGGCGCUGGCUUUGGCGAAGAGGUGAAGCGCAGGAUCUUGCUGGGAACGUACAGUCUCAGCUCCGAGGCCAUGGACAACUACUUCAUACAGGCGCAAAAGGUCCGAAGGAUGGUGCAAAAGGACUUUGAUCGUGUUUUCAAGCUUGAUAACCCCCUGUAUGAACCUGAGCAGUUUGACCUCAGCGACAUGGCUGAGGCUACAGGCAUGGAGGACAAGCGCGGUCCGAUGCAGGUUGACUUCAUCCUUUCUCCUACAGCGCCUACGUUCCCUCCUCGGUUAGAAGAAGUUCAGCGGCAGAGCAGCGUGGAUGUGUACAUGAACGAUGUCUUUACCGUCCCAGCGAGUCUCGCGGGAUUGCCAGCUGUUAGCAUCCCAGCUAAGGUAGAGGGGAGUAAGUUCCCAGCCGGAUUGCAGCUGAUUGGACAGUACUGGGAUGAUCAGAGGGUGCUGCUCAUGGCAGAGAAACUAAAAGAAGUAGUGGCUGCAUGAGGUCAGGAUGAACGUAAAAUUUACUAGCCAUUGAUGGCAUAGUCUUGUAUAGUAUCUGAUCUGAGGAGCUAGCUGGCAUAUAGAGAUGUUAUGACA